UUUUUUUUUUCAACUAAAUCAUUAUAAGAGUAGAUGAAAUUUUAUUACAAAAUAAAUAAAUAAAUAAAUAUUACCGUCACGAAGCACGGGUCAAAAAACUAGUUGAGAUGAAAGAGAGAAACUAUAAACUACUAAUGAAUUUCAAUUUUCAACGUAACAUUAAACGAAUGGACAAGAACAUAUUUAUAGGCAUUAAACAUCUCUUUUCUCUUAUCUAAAAUAUGACUACUUCUCCCACAAGAAAACAAUAACCAAAUGCUAAACAAUUACAACAAAACGAUGGAAAUUUAUUUUCUGGCAAGAAAACUACUAAGACAAUUAAAUAAUAAUAUCCCAAAUAAUAAAAAUACAAACUAAUUAACAAAACACUUAAAACAGUUGACUUGAAAAUUUUCUAAAUUAUUAAAAAUAGCUGGUAACUUAACAAAGAUGUGCAUCCAUUCUAUGAACCCUGCGAAAGUUUCCACCGUCGUGAAACACCCAUCAAAGGAGUCAGACGACAAGUUAGCAUUCAUGCAAACUAAUAAGCCAAUUUAUAAGCAGCAUAGUCCUGGCUAUUGACCGAAACUGGGAUCCCUUUGCUGCUCCAAGCUAGGUCCCACACGUCGGCCAAAUGCAGGGAAUAACCUCCUCCCCGCUCAGUCAUUCUCUCUCUCUCUCUCUCUCCCUCGUCACAACACAAUUGAAUGCCCUCCAAAAACCCAGCUUCCAGAAGCAGUCAAAGUGAAUCCUAAACUAGCUGGCGAAUGAAUAACAGGACAUUUCAGCCAUCAAAUGGGAAAGAGAGAAAGAAGAAGAGCAAAAAAGCAGAUGAUGGACAAAACAGAGACCAAAUUUUCCACGUCAAGAAACAUAAAAAUUGAGGUUGUCACGUAUCGUAACUGAAGUGGGGUGUCCAGUUUUGUUUAUCGAAUAUCAUGGGUCGGCAAAAUGUGCCUUCUUCGUCUUCCCUCCCCCGGCCCCAUCCAUAAAUAUGCCCCAUCGAAUUCCCCCCCACCUCCAACUCAUAAUUCCAUUGCGAUCGAUCCAGCGAACCACAUGUUAUAGCCCACAGCCCCACACAUUACAUAUAAAUAUUGCAAAACGCUAGGCUAGCUACAUUACAGAAUUUAGUUUUGUUCUUGCGAUGGAGUGGCUACCAUUCUCCUCCUGCCAGUGCCUGCCCCUGGCGAUCUUCCUCCUCUUCAUCGUAUUCGUGGCCGCCCCUUGUUCCGCGUAUUCCUUGCAUCCCACGGUGGCCUACUCGAUGAUGGAGCACCGCGACCACACCGGAAUCUCACCCUUCCGCGUAUUGAACAGGAGAGCUCUCGGCCAGUGCCCCGACCUAAACCCCUACCUUGCCAUCCAAGUCACCAGCGGCACCUCCGCCCUAGGCCUAGCUGACCAAGAGUACGUCACGGUCACCGUCAGCGGGGUUCUGCUGCCGUCGGAGCUGGAUUGGGUGGCCAUCAUAUCUCCCUCCGACUCCGAUGUGUCCGCUUGUCCAUUGAAGAAAGCCGAGUACGUUCAGACGGGAGACCUUGCUGAUCUUCCUCUUCUCUGCCACUAUCCUGUUAAGGGACAGUGGGUGAGUCAUGAUCCGGAUUACAUAGGGUGCAAGAAAGAGCAGUGCCAAAAAUGGAACGGCCCCGUGUGCGACGUGUCCACCUGUAACGGCACCAUAACCUUCCACGUCGUCAACUUCAGAACCGACGUUGAGUUUGUCUUCUUCACCGGUGGGUUCGAUGCGCCCUGUAUACUGGCUAGGUCCGGCCCUUUGAAAUUCGCCAACCCAAACCACCCUCUCUACGCCCACAUUUCCAGCAUUGAUUCUUCAGCAACCUCGAUGAAGGUAACGUGGGUGAGUGGAAGUGAAGAGUCACAAGUAGUGCAAUAUGGUGACGGGCAAGCAACAGAAUCAGAGUCCACAACGUUUACUAGGGACGAUAUGUGCACCUCUGUUCUGCCAAGUCCAGCCAAGGACUUCGGGUGGCACGACCCUGGCUACAUCCACUCCGCAAUCAUGACUGGUCUGAAGCCCUCGAGCUCCUACUCCUACAAAUAUGGCAGUGCUUCGGCGGGGUGGAGCGAGGAAAUGAAGUUCAAGACUCCACCUGCUGGUGGGUCAGAGGAGGUCAGGUUCCUUGCCUAUGGUGAUAUGGGUAAAGCCCCACGCGACCCUUCUGCAGAGCACUACAUUCAGCCUGGCUCCCUGGCGGUGGUGGAGGCUUUGAUCAAGGAGGUGGAUUCAGGGGACAUAGAUUCCAUCUUCCACAUCGGGGACAUCAGCUACGCCACAGGCUUCCUGGUUGAAUGGGACUACUUCCUUCACCUUAUCACCCCCAUUGCCUCCAAGGUCACCUACAUGACCGCCAUAGGAAACCACGAGAGGGAUUACACCAACACUGGAUCGGUUUAUGGCACCCCUGACUCUGGUGGCGAAUGUGGGGUUCCUUACGAGACAUACUUCCCAAUGCCAACCUCCGCCAAGGACAAGCCAUGGUACUCCAUUGAACAAGGAACCGUUCACUUCACCGUCAUCUCCACUGAGCAUCCAUGGUCGGAUGGUUCCCAACAGCUUCAAUGGAUCAAGACUGACUUGGCUGCAGUAGAUCGAUCCAAAACGCCUUGGCUGGUUUUUGCAGGGCACCGACCCAUGUACUCCUCUUCCAACCCAACCAGCGCAGACUCCAAAUUCGUGGCUGCCCUAGAGCCAUGGCUGCAGCAAUACGAGGUUGACCUAGCGCUGUUUGGACAUGUUCACAACUACGAAAGGAUGUGCUCUGUUUUCCAAGGCGCUUGCCUGGCCAUGCCUACAAAAGACGAUGAUGGUGUGGACACUUACGAUCACGACAAUUACACUGCACCAGUUCAUGCUGUCAUUGGGAUGGCCGGCUUCUCUUUGGACAAGUUCUCAGACACUUUGCCGCCUCAAAGUUGGAGCUUGAGAAGGAUCGCAGAGUAUGGCUACUUAAGAGCUCAUGCCACAACAAGUGAGAUCAAUUUAGAGUUUGUGGACGCAAAUACACUGCAUAUUCAUGACAGCUUCCGUAUUAUUAAAUCAACAAACUAAAAGAGACAUGUUAUUUACGCAUUGGGAGUUCAUGGAACUCUCUGUUUUCCGUUUCCGACAUAUUAUAUGAUUAAUGGUACACAUUAUGUAAUUAAAUUUUAAUUUUAUAAGGCAUGGCAAGCUCAGUGUAUGGGUGUUUAGUAAAAACGAAAGGUGUUGCUUUUACCAAACUUAACAAAUUGGAAAUAUGGAAGACUCAUGAUCUACGUGGUUUCUUUGAGUUCGGGACUAGUUUUUAGUCACUCCUUCUUAUAGUAUCUUGUUUCAAACUCUUGGUAUCCCUCUGUAUGAAUUUGGAUAAACAUGUGUCCCGGUUUUGGUGGGGCGGUUAGUUUCAUAUCUGUUGGAUAUCCUAGAGAAAAUUGUGUUGCAGUAACCAUGAUGGAGGAUAGGGUUUCGUCAAUUCAAGCACCUUAAUGAGGCCCUCUUUGCCAAAAUUAGGUAGCAAAUCCUUAACGAACCCCAAUCCCUCCUGGCUCAGGUGUACAAAGGAAGGUACUUUCCUACAGGGUCCUUCCUUACUACUUAUGCGCAUUCACGGCCCUCUUGAAGCUGGCAGAGUAUCCUGUAUAGUAGCUAGUUACUUUCUCAAGGAUUGCAUUGGCAGGUUGGGAAUGGCCACAGUGCCUCUAUUUGGAAUUCUAGAUGGAUUCCUAGUUUACAUCCGAAUGCCCCCCUUUGUCACCAUCAUGUGAUACCGUAGGGGUCGCACCUGAAGGUAACAGAGCUAAUGGAGCAAGGGGGAGGCCAUUGGAGUGACGAACGACUCGCACAGAUGUUGCCUAGGCCAUUAAAGCGAUCCGGCUCCAUCGUAUGGUUAUAAAUGACUCCCUAAUCUCGCAUAAUACUAGGAUGGGGUGUUUAUCAUGAAGUCUGCAUACCACCUAGCGAUUUUGACUGAUAGGCAGCGAGAUGUUUGGUGUCGAAGGGUUAGUUUUAUGGAUAGAGUCAGUUGGAUUCAGAUGUGAGAGCUACCAAUUCCGCGCAAGCUGAAAAUUUUUCUCUGGCCGAUUUUUCCUCACAUAAUCCCGACUACAGAGGCACUUAUUGAGAAGAAGGUCGAAGUAGUGCCCCGUUGCCCGGCCUGCUGGGCAGAGUCCGAGUAAAUAGAGCAUAUCUUUCUGGAUUGCCCAGUAGCAAAAGCAUUAUGGGAUCACUCUAGUUUAGAGUAUCCAGACCAAGGGCUCCGGCGCCAUACUUUUUCAAUGUUUCUAAAAAAGUUGUUGGUACGGGUAAUAUUUGGUGAUCCAGGAAUUAGGUUUCCUUUUAGGGUAAGCAAUUUUGAAUAUCUACCUUGAUACACGUAUCAUCAACAAGUCCAGGAUUGGAUUAGCUUGCCAGCAGACAGAAUGAUCCCACAUAGACCGAGCCCGGCUCGUCCGACACAUUCACUUGCAUGUGGGAAGGGGCAAUAAGGAGUGAGUUCCAUGUCGCUGGAGGAAUCAUCCUAAGGGACCCCAAAGGAUCUUUUGGAUUAGCUGAAGGGGUUUACGUUGAGAAUAUUGAUGAUCCAACCUUAGUAGAGCUUUUGGUUCUUCGGGAGGCUGUCAAGUUGUGUCUGGAUCUUGGUCUCUCAUAGGUUCAUUUUGAAGGGGAUGUGAAGGUUGUCAUUGAUAAGAUAACCCUAACAGACAAGCGAGAUUGUUACUAUGGGGUCAUUCUUGAGGAAGUCAUUCGUCUAUUUGCGUUUCGUAAUGGUUAUGUUGUACGAUUUAUAGGUCGAAAGAGAUAAGGUAGGUCAUUCAGUAACUAGAAAAGCCCUUUCUUUGUACCGGCCCCCACAUCGUUUCUUUUGAUUUUUUGUUCUGGAUAUAUACCAGGGUGUUCUAUCUCUAUUUCAAUCAAUAUAUGAUUACAUUUUGUCAAAAAAAAAACAAAUAUAGAAACUAAUAAUAUGUUCAGAUAUAUUUUCAUUUGUUGUUGUGACAAAAAGAUUGACAACGCAACAUAAAUUAACUGAAAUCAAUGUAAAGAGCUUCCUUACUGUUUACAAAAAUUAGGACUGGUAAGCGGUUAUUCCAUUAAUGGUGUAACCGAUAACCGAACCAGAACUGGCGAUUAAUGGUUAAACGGAUAACCGAUUAAAUAAAAAAACGGUCGGUUCCCUGUAGCCAAAUUUAGCUAAUAACUAAUCAAUGGUUAAACGGUUAAUCGACUAACUGAUUAUGACCAUCCUCAUAGUUAGAGCCAAAAAUAAUAAACCUCCAUGAGCUGCAAACAUAGGCCAAAAUAAUGGGGUGUUUGAAGGAUUACAAGACCCCUUGCCUAUCCUAGUUGUAAAUGUGACUUAGACUCAAAUGAGAAUAAUUUAAAAGAAGAGUUUUAGAAGAAACACAGUAGAAAGUCAUACUUGAUCACAGUUGCUCGACAAUAAUUAGUAACGUUAAGAUUCCAUGUAGUUUGAUGGGGUUUACAAGUUGAGUAAUUGUUGUUGAGUAUCGUUGUAUGCUUCUUUAAUAGAGUUUGAUGGUAGAAUGGUAUUAUUGUGUACGUGUUUUGGAUUGAGUUGAUUAUGUAUUGAUAUAUAUCUAUGUUAAAUUAUCAAUUAUUCAAUGAUAACAACUUAAGAAAAGAACACAUGCAUAUUUAUGAAAAAUUUCACAAUUAAAUGAAGUAGGUCUUGUGUUGGUUAGGUUAUCGAUUGUUAUUUUGGUAUGACAUUACCGAAUCACUUGGUUAACGAUUAUUCGGUUAACUGACAAAAUAACCGAGAACAAACUAUACGGUUACGUUUAACCGACUAAUUUAACAAUGCGGUUAACAAUACAAACAAAGUGAUUAACAAUUAACCGAGAACCGACUAAACGAUUGCAGUUAUAACCGAACUGAUUAUCAGCCCUAACAAAAAUUGUUUCUAAUGGCAUCUUACCGGUGACUGAAACAAUUUAAUUUAGAGUGUUUAAUCCAUUAAACACAUUUUGUACAUAUUUUUUCCUCUGCAUUUUUAAUGGUUAAAUCAACAUUAUUUAUCACAAGGCCAGUCCAACAGAGCUGCCUUCCUCAAAAUUAAUAUAUAAAAUCCUAGAUUGCAAGUUAUUAUUCAUUAGUGGCUCUCACACUCAUUCAAGUGCAAGUGGGAGAGUUCCAAGUCUUUCUUUUACCCCCACUCUUCAUUCUACAAUAUUUGUGUUUAGUUAUUGUUCGCUAGUUAAUAUAUUAAUUAAUUAAUAUAUAAAAGCCUAGGUUGCAAGUUACUAUUCAUUAGUGGCUCUCACACUCCUCCAAGUGGAAGUGGAGGAGUUCCAAAUCCUUCUUUUACCCCACUCUUCAUUCUACAACAUUUGUGUUUAGUUAUUAUUCUCUAGGUUUUCGUCUAUAACUUUUUGCACAAAUCAUCGCCUUUGUCCACCAUUUUGCAGCGGAUCUCGAAAUACUGUCGGCAAAAUCCUAAAUUGUUCCCCACCACCGAUUCCCAAUGACGCUACCACGAGUUUUGUAUCGGGACUGAGUUUCAUCAUCUUUAGUGUUUUUUUCUUUCUCUUUUUUCUUUUUGCUGAGCAUGAUUACUAUUGAACCCAAACACAUGAGUAUCCUAACUUGAACACAAAGCCUAGAUUGCAAGUUACUAUUCAUUAGUGGCUCUCACACUCCUCCAAGUGCAAGUGGGGGAGUUCCAAGUCCUUCUUUUACCCCACUCUUCAUUCUACAACAUUUGUGUUUAGUUAUUAUUCGCUAGGUUUUUGUCUAUAACUUUUUGCACAAAUCAUCGGCUUUGUCCACCAUUUUGCAGCGGAUCUCGAAAUACUAUCGGCAAAAUGCUAAAUUGUUCCCCACCACCGAUUCCCAAUUACGCUACCAUGAGUUUUGUAUCGGGACCGAGUUUCAUACUCUUUAGUGUUUUUUCUUUCUCUUUUUUCUUUUUGCUGAGCAUGAUUACUAUUGAACCCAAACACAUGAGUAUCCUAACUUGAACACAAAGCCUAGGUUGCAAGUUACUAUUAAUUAGUGGCUCUCACAUUCCUCCAAGUGCAAGUGGGGGAGUUCCAAGUCCUUUUACCCCACUCUUCAUUCUACAACAUCUGUGUUUAGUCAUUAUUCGCUAGGUUUUCGUCUAUAACUUUUUGCACAAAUCAUCGCCUUUGUCCACCAUGUUGCAGCGGAUCUCGAAAUACUGUCGGCAAAAUCCUAAGUUUUUCUCCACCACCGAUUCCUAAUGACUCUACCACGAGUUUUAUAUCCUGACCGAGUUUCAUCCUCUUUAGUGUUUUUUUCUUUCUCCUUUUCCUUUUUGCUGAGCAUGAUUACAAUUGAACCCAAACACAUGGGUAUCCUAACUUGAACACAAAUCAUUGCCUUUGCCCACCAUUUUGCAACUCAUCUCGAAAUACUGUCGGCAAAAUUCUAAGUUGUUCCUCGCCACCAUUCACAAGGCUGCUACCAUAAAUUUUGUAUCGGGAUCGAGUUUCAUCCUCUUUAGUGUUUUUUUCUUUCUCUUUUUCCUUUUUGAUGAGCAUGAUCACAAUUGAACCCAAACACAUGGUAUUCUAACUUGAACACAAAUCAUCGCCUUUGCCCAUCAUUUUGCAGCCCAUCCCGAAAUACUAUCUGCAUAAUCCUAAGUUGUUCCCCACCACCGUUUUCCAAGGCCACUACCACGAGUUUUGUAUCGGGGCGAGUUUCAUUCUCCUUAGUGUUUUUUUCUUUCUUUUUUUUUCCUUUUUGUUGAAAAUGAUCAGAAUUGAACCCAGCACAAAUCAUCGCCUUUGUCAACCAUUUUGCAACCCAUCUCGAAAUAUUGUCUGCGGAAUCAUAAUUUGUUCCCCACCACCAUUUCUCAAGUCGUUACCACGAGUUUUGUUUCGGGACCGAUAAUCUUUUUUUCUUUUUUGUUGAGAAUGAUCACAAUUGAACCAAAACACAAAUUAUCGCCUUUGCCAAUCAUUGCAACCCAUAUCAAAAUACUGUCGGCGGAAUUCUAAGUUAUUCAUCACCACCAUUUUCCAAGGUCGCUACCACGAGUUUUAUAUCGGGAACGAGUUUCAUCAUGUUUAGUGUUUUUUUCUUUUUCUUUUUUGUUGAGCAUGAUCAAAAUUGAACCCCAAACACAUGGGUGUUCGCCAGGUUUAAAUCUAUUGUUCAUUGUGUUUCCCAUAAAAAUUAUUGCCUACUAGGUUUUCAACUCGCUAUUGCAGCCACCAAUGUAGUCAAAAGUGACUUUCUAUGUAGAAAUGUUUUGGUGAUCUAGAAGUUUAAAAUCGUAAGUUUUUAUGUUUUAAAGCGGAGUUUUUAACUACAUAAGUUAUAAAAACUGAGAUUUUGUGUAGAAGCGUUUUAGUGAACUAGAAACAUAAAAUCGUAAGUUUUUAAGUUAUAAAGCGCGAUUUUGACUACAUUGGCAACAACUAUCCACUUUUCGCAACAUUUUGCAACCCAACUCGAAACACUCUUGGUGGAAUCCUAAGUUGCUCUCUUCCACCGUUUGCCAUGGUCGCGACCAAAGACCAUACUAGAUAUGAUCUUGAUCUGUCCAAUCCUCAACAACGCUCACCAAUUCACAACCAUCUCUAAACACUGUCAACUGAAUACUAAGUUGUCCCCUUCCACCGUUUACCAAUGCCGCUACCAUAUCUACUCAAUUUUGGUGAGUUUUGUAUUGGGACCGAGUUUCGUCCGCUUUAGUGCUUUUUCUUUUACUUUUUGCUUUUUGUUGAGCAUGAUCACAAUUGAACUCAAAUCCAUGGAUAUCCAACCUAAUUCAAUCCGGUCAAAGCGACUUGAAACCGAUUUUAGCAUUUAUAAAUUUCUCUUUUUUUCCUUUUGGUUGGGAAGACAAUUGAACCCGAAUCUAAGGGAUUGACGAGUGUUGUAUUGUGAGCGAGCUUUAUCCGCUUUUGUAGGUGGUAGGUUGCACCAAGUGUUAAUUUGUUAAAAAUUGUUCAAAGCGAGUUGAACACGUUGUUGACCAGUUUUAGAUUGAAAGCGGGUUUUGUAUGCUUUAAUGUUUUUUAUUGCUCAUUUUGCUUUUCGUUGAGAAUGACAAUUGAAUUUUGACUCAUUGUUAAUGCAUUUCGUAUCGAAUGCGAGUUUUAUCCGCUUUUGUAAUUGACAGAUUGGGUAAAUUAUGAAUUUUUUAAAACUGGGCGAUCCGGUCAAAGCGAGUUGAACGCAGUGUGGAGAGUUUGGAGUCAUGAACGAGUUUUAUCCGCUUUAGUAUUUUUUAUCUUUUUCCAUUUGGUUGAGAAUUACAAUUGAGUCCAAAGUCCAAACGCAUGGGUAUACAACCUAAUUCGACCCGACCAAACAAUUUGAAUCCGACUUUACAGGUUUUCUGCGGGCAUGAGUUUUAUUUGUUUUUGUAAUUGGCGGGUUGUGUCAGGUGUGAAUUUGCCCAAAACUCGUUUCAACCAGGUCAAAGAGAAUUAAACCUGGUGAUAACGAGUUUUAACUUUAAUGUUUUUCAUUUCGUCUUUUCCUUUUGUUUGAGAAAAACAAUUGAAUCCAAAUCAAUUGGUAUCCAACCUAAUUUGACCGGCUCAAUGCGAGUUGAACCUCCUCAAACCUAAAAUCAAUCCAAAAAUCUACACACAAUAUAUAAUAGCAGGAAGGGGAAAACUGUUGCUCCAUUUAAAAUUUUCUGCAACAAGAGUGAAAGUAGGAAGGACAUUUUAGUCUUCACAAUUACUUUUUUUAUCUGCAACAAGAGUGAAAGUAGAAAGGAAGUUUUAGUCUUCACAAUUACUUUUUUUAUUUAUUCAUUAAAAAGACACGCACUGGGAUUCAAACCAUGACCACUUUACAAGAAAGCAAAGAUCAUAACCAAUCACACUAAGUACAUUUGUUGUAUCUUUCUAAAUUAACAACAUAUAAUAACAGUGAGGAAAAAACCAUACCCCCAUUUCAAAUUCCCUACUCCAAAAGCGUUCGUAGGAAGGGUAGAAUAGGGAGUGUCAAUUUUUUCUAUUUCCUCUGUGGAACGAGCCAACUUACCGUACAUAUGCGGAUUUAAACGGGCCAAUGAGGGUCAAUGUUUUUCUUUAAGCCCUUUUAUUUCUCGGUGUUGGUAAAAUAUAUAUGAAAGGGCAAAAACAAUACUCUUUUUUAUUGCUAAAAAGAAAAAAAUUAACAAUAAACUAAUGCAUGAAUUCUAAUGGGCUAACCGCUAACCAUAAAAUAAAAGAGUUGAAUGGGCCUGACUACACGGGAUUUGCCCAUCAAGUAAAAUAAAUGAACAUCUUGAGUUUGUCAUUCUAAAACAAGCUAUUUCCUCUAGCAUAAUAUCUAUUAUGCUAUUAUUUAUAUCUUAGUGGCUAAAAUAUAAUGUAUUUUAAAGUUAUUAAAUGGUUCAACCUCGACCAACCCAAUUAGUCCAAUUUUUAUCAUUUCAAAUAUAUAUUAUAUAAUUAUUUAAUAUCAUAAUGAUUAAAUUAUAGUGUAUUUUAUAGGAAAUCGUUUGGUAUUUGUUAGUAAAAAAACUAAACAGAAAGAUCUAUUUGGUUAUUUUUAAUUUUAAGACGAUCCUAAACAUGUUUAGUUUCCUUUCAAAUUUCUAUGGUUUUAUUCCCGAAUCAGUGAUGUGCAAAUGGCGAAUUGCAGUCAUCUCUUUUCUUUCACUAUUUUCUAUUUUAAAAUAGAAAGUUUAAAAGUAAAUAAUAAUUAGAGUUUGACAAGGGUCGGUUAAACAUGCUGAAUUUCAAGUUUUGGUCUGCUUUGAUCAAGUUUAAUUUAUAAUCACAUUGUUCCCCGAUACCCAAUAAAAAUCUCAAUCCAAACCAGUUCGGCAGGUGAGUCCGUGUUUACCACCAUUUUUUCUAGAGAUACAAGGACGGCGGUUCCUAUCCCAAAUUAUGUUGUUCGUUCUUGAUUUCUUUAGAUUUUAUCAUGGUCUGGCAAGAUGAAAGUUUUAUAAAGCAAAUUAAUCGGCCAACAGGUCGAGUAAAAGCUAGCAACGAUUGUGAUAUGCUCAUUUCCCGAAAACCGCCGGGAUAGGCAAUUUCUUAUUUGAUUUUCAGGAAUUUGGUUUCUAUAAAACUUACUCCGCCUCAUCAUAUUACCAGAAACAAUAUUGUUUCACAAGGUAACAAAGUACUUGAUUUUGGUUCAUAAGGCUGAUUUUUUAUUCGUUGCAUCAUCCAUGUCUCUUUCCUGCUAAAAUUCACUAUCUUUAUUACGUGUUUCCAAAAAAAAACUAUACAUCAAUAAGCUAUAUACCCUAUUACAUUAUCAAAUUUCAUACCUCACCUUCCUCUGGCCAACUGGCCGGAGACCAUGCUAGUUUCAUAAAGGAGAACCACGAUUACCUCGAACCCAAAAAAAACCCCAGAAGAGUACGACUAUGUUUGGCUCGAAUUUUAGAAGUUUUAUGUUUCAAAAGUUGAAGCCAAGCCAAACACCUCUAAGGCUCGCUUUUUAAAAAGCUGAAGUUUUUCAUAACUUAAUAGCAGAGGUUUCGAUUUGAAAAUACAAAAUUGUCCUUACCAUAUAUUAUUCUUUUUCUCAAAAAUAUAAUUUUAUUUCAUUUAUAUCAUUCUAAAAAAAUAAAUUGAAAAUAUUAUUAUUUAAUAUGAAAUAAAACUAACUUGAUCGAUUUAAAAUACUUUUUAGAAUUUAUAUUCAUAUUCUAUGUUAGAUUUAUUUUAUUGUCCUUUUACAUUACAUCUUAUAUUAGAAAGUAACUCUGAUAGUUUUUCAGCUAAACACUCAACAGUUUAUUUUUAAAUACUUCUUGAAAUUAUCCAAAAAAACUGUUUCAUUAUGCUAAAGUUACAGCAGUAUCAACUAUCGAACAUACAAAUUGUAACAAUAGCGUCAUGAAAGAAGUUUAAACAUAAAUAAUCUAUUCGACGACCCUUCUACCUUAUGCAAGUUUCUCUACCAUAUACUAUUAUAAAUGACUACACCCACAACAACAAAACGAGCCUUAAGCUUUUUCUUUUAGAUUGUUCCCGCAUUUCGUAUGCAUGUUAUUAAAAACUAUCAGAGAGCCAUCCGCAAGAAUCGGAGUUGUUGUGGCUAGGGGUGGAAAUUGGGGUGGGUGUUGUUAUCCGCCCCACAUUUUGCGAGUAACCACACCCACAAAUGUAGAAUUAUGUUAACCAUCCGCAAGAAUUGGAGUUGUUGUGGCUAGGGGUAGUGGUUAACCAUAACCCGUUGUGGGUUGGUGCGGGUUGGUUGUGGAUACCCACAAAAAUUUCACAUUAAAUAUGAAAUAUAAUAAUAUGGUAAUUAAAUAGUGAUGUGUUUCUUCUCACACAAAAACAUACAUAAUAGAAAGUUAAUAAAGUGUUAAAUAAAUU